AUGAACCUCCACCACAUUCUAGAUGCUCCUCCGGAGCCUGACAUCAUCGAUCUACAUCUAGAACGAGUCAAUGACUCCGGCGACUACCAACUAGCAACCCCAAUGUUCGAAUUCCAAAAAGAACUUACUGACCAAAUUGUGUCUUUGCAUUACCCCGAUAUCCUCAAAUACUGUGAAACCGACGAUUCCGGCCACUCCAUUAUAAAGUCGCUAGAGAUAUGUAUACACAACUGCAUGUUGGUCAGCAGUCAUCCGUAUCUUCUCAUCGACCAUUACAUGCCGAAAAAUUUGGGUCAGAGAGACAUGGCAGGAAAACUAGCAGACACCAGUGGUAAGUUUAGUGUUCUAGGAGACUUGAUAAAUGUCUUGGUGCAGAUAAAAUCCAACGAGGUGAAGAAUGUGGCAGUUGUGUGUAAUAACAACCCUAAAUAUUUCGAUUUGGUGGAGGCUUUGCUUCAGAGUUGUAAUGGUCCAAAAGUAGUAAAACGGUAUGUUGGAAACAAAAUUAAGCGAGAUAACCGAGGUGGAGGUGCUUCUGGUAAUACUAAUGUCUCAUCCUACAAUUCGUCUUCUGGUUAUGGGAAAAUUUCAAAGACUGUGAUCCAUUUACUUCCCGGAGAUGGAGCUGUAACUAAAGAUGCUGAUCAGAUUCCCAAUAUUAAGUUUGAUCUUGUUAUUGUUUUCGAUAGUUUCGUCGACACAGACAGCGAUUUCUUUGCCCGACUCAAAUCACAAAACCGCUUGAACGAUGCUAUUGUUAUUCGCCUAGUCCCAUUGUUGACCAUCGAACACUGUCUACUUUUCUACAAACUGGUGCGCAAACAACCAGACCACUUGUAUAAGCUCAUCUCAUCGAUAGUGUGCUUGCGUGACCAGAUCGGUAAUAUUCCGCCUGAUUUGGUGCCAAUUUACAACCAACGACUCAACUAUCUUUCCGGCACGUUUUUGGAGCAUGUUUUGAAAACACAGUCUGCUCGAAAAAGAGUCGGCUGGCCAUUCCCAGAUCUUCCUAGAAUACCCAAAUUUAAUCCCUCUGACGUUGAACGUUGUCUUCUCACAGAGGUAUCGUUCCAUUAUACUCCAUACGAUUCAUCCGAAGUGUCUGAAUCAAUGCCAAAGAACCAAGCACAACGUCUUACAUACUACGAAACUAAGAGAUUGCAGCUGAAUUAUGUUACGAAUCCAUUGAAAAAUGACUACAACAAGUUGAUAGGUAUACUAUCUCACGACUAUAAGGAUAACGGUAAUCAGAGCAACUUCAUGGUUACACAUAAGGUGUUAAUGCAACUCAACAAUGCAUACAUGGCUUACGACUUGAAAAGAGAUGAGUACAAUACGUAUGUCACAUUCAACGAACCAGAGACCCAAGCCAAACAAGGAAGAAGACUUCACGAAACUAAAACGGCGCUCGCCAAAUUGAGGGAAGAAAUGAGCCACCAUGAGUCGAGAAUCGCUUCAGCUGAAAAACAAACCAGGUCCAUGUCUGAAGAAGUUGAAAAGCUCAAAGACGAAAACCAGGUAUUAGAAAAUGGAAUCUCUUCACUUGCGGACUCUGAAGAAUACCAGGGAACAAAGAAAGAGUACUACUCAAACCAAAUAAAAAUUUGGGAACUUCAGGAAGCAGUCAAAACCACAAUCGAAAAGGUCAAAGCUCGACAAGAAGAGAAGACGUACAUGGCGAGAGAAUACGAGAACUCACUUGCAUCUACCGAGACUUCAAGAAAACAAAUUGAAGAAAUGAAAAAUCUGAACGCCCUGUUGAAACAAGAGUUGGAACAACUUCGAGAGUCUAAAAUUGAUGCUUUUCAGCAGAGAGACACUGAGCGUCAAAAGCAACUUGAAAAGUUGCAGACAGCUAGAGAAAAGCACGACUCUCUCAAGAGAAAGUUGGGAAAUACCUUCAAGUUUCUCAAAGAUACGUCUCAUUUGAAGAAAAGAAAAGUAAGAGGUCUCACUCCCAAUGGAAAAUAA